UGAGAAACGGUCUGUGUUUUCAACAGAACAAAUCUGUGCCUUCUCCCUGUCCGGCCCUAAAUAGGCACCGAUGAGGUACCACUUGGAAUUUCUGCCCCGAGGAGAGGAUCAGCAUGACACUGACUUUGGACAGGACAGUUCUGAUGAAAAUCAGAGCCAGAGUUUGGCUCCUUCCAUGACAUCUGAUGCUUCACUUCCAUCAGACUUCCUGGAUGACGGGCUGGAAGAGAUCGCACCGAGGCCUGUUCAAGACACAGGGAACAUUUUGAAGCAAGGAUAUCUGGAGAAGAAGUCCCGAGAGCACAGCUUUUUUGGGUCAGAGUGGCAGAAGCGGUGGUGUGUCCUCACCAGAAGGACCUUUUACUACUACGCCAAUGAGAAAAGCAAGCAACCUAAAAGUACCUUCUCCAUUGAGAACUAUAAUGCCCGGCUGGCCUUCCAUCUCCGCAAAGACUCUCGAAAACGUUGCUGUUUCGAGUUAAUCUGCCCUGGCAAACGCACCUACGAGUUCACAGCCCCGAGCCCAGCAGAGGCUGAAGACUGGGUGGAUCAGGUCCAGUUCCUCCUGAAGGACCUGAGCUCCCUCACUAUCCCAUAUGAUGAGGAGGACGAAGAAGAGCUCUACAACGACGUGGACAGUUCUGACUCUGUGAACACACCAUCCCACAAUACUACCCUGAAUCAGGACGAGCCAAACAUUGAGAUGGAAGAUGAUGACAUCUAUGAGGUUUUGCCAGAUGAGGAGCUGGAGCCCCCCUUCCCAGAGGACAGCAAGGAUGCCAGGAGCAGGCAGAGAAGCGGAGAUCCCGAGCGAGAUUAUGCCAAUUACUACCAAGGCAUGUGGGACUGCAGCAGCGAGCAUCCCGACGAGCUCUCCUUCCACCGCGGAGACCUUAUUUACAUCCUAAGCAAGGAGUACAACGUGUACGGCUGGUGGGUCGGAGAGCUCAACAACGUGGUCGGGAUCGUCCCGAAGGAUUACCUGGCAGCUGCCUACGACCUGGAGGAGUGAUGAGGACCGUGGCACCCCAGGUGCUUCUCUCCCUGGCCAUGCUGAGAAACCGGCUACACUGUCCCCACCAGCCUCCUAUGGGAACCCGUUGCAUGAAGAGACCCACGUCCCGCCACCCAGCCCACACAUGGUGCCCCAGAGCCCUGCUCUGCCCCGCGGUACUCGCUGUGAUGCCACUGGGGCACAGUGGGGGCACGGGGGGGCUGACAGCCCGUAAUAAAGCCAUUUGCCU